CCAGCCUCGCGUUUCGCUGCCCUACAGGGCAAGCGCCAUCUGUGUGUCUCACUCCGUCGUUGCCGCCGGGAUAUCCGUUGUCAGACAUCUCUCGUCCUCAUCCCAUACCAUCAUCUCACGUUCGCCCUGCACAGCCUUCGCGUGCGACGCUUCUGAUCACUCGUGAGCGCCCGUCGUCUUGCUGUAUGCGGUGAUCCUUCGACAUGUCGCACCACGUCGGUACACCGUCCGUGCCGUCUCCCCUCUCUUACCCCUCCACACGUGGUGUCGCGGCUCGAAUAAGCUUCCAAAAGGACACGAGGCUUCGCGGAGAGUCCGGAAACGGCAAUCCGGCGUGUGUAUGUGCUUCUUGCUCGCUGUGAUGGCCGGUCAGUAGGAAGACCAGUGUUGGCAAACCUGUCCUUUCUUCUUCUGCUCCCCAUCUCAAUUCAUCCUUCCCUAGUCUGAACCUACCUCACCGGUUAUAGAUUGAUCAUCAGUAUGUCACAACACGCUACGAUUCAAGAUAGCUCCCUCGACCAUGCUACCGAGAACAAGCCUGCAGCCGAAAGCGGCAAGACGAUGAAGGCUGUACGAUUUUAUGCCAAAGAAGACCUGCGAUUCGAAGAUAUCCCGGAACCCGUCUGCGGUCCAGGUCAGGUCAAAGUCAAACCAGCGUGGUGUGGCAUUUGUGGAAGCGAUUUGCAUGAAUACCUAGGUGGCCCUAAUCUCUGUCCAGAGGAUAAACCACAUCCCAUUACUGGAGAGACGGUACCAUUGACAUUUGGCCACGAGUUUGCGGGUGUCAUCGAAGAAGUCGGCGAAGGCGUUUCCGACAGGUUCAAGGUUGGUAGCAGAGUAGUAGUGGCGCCAAUCAUUUUCGACGGCGAUUGUGGAGCAUGUGCAGAGGGCCUUGUCAAUUGCUGCUGGAAGAACGGCUUCAUUGGGCUCAGUGGAUGGGGAGGUGGUCUGUCCGAGCACAUCGUCGUACCCGAGUACACGUUGUACAACUGCCCUGACAACGUCGGACUAGAUGUUGCUGCUCUGGUCGAGCCGUUAGCCGUGGGCUGGCAUGCCGUGGAGUCAUCGCCAUUCAAGCGGACCGACUCAUGCCUGAUUCUAGGAGGAGGCCCGAUCGGACUGGCCGUGAUCCAAGCACUCAGAGCGCGGGGCUGCGCGCAAAUCAUUGUUUCAGAAGUCUCUGGUAUGCGCAAACAGUUCGCCAAGGAUUUCGGUGCUCAUGUCGUCUUGGAUCCCACAAAGGACGACAUCGUGGCUGAAUGUCUCAAAUUGACAAAUAAUCGUGGCGUGGAUGUCACCUUCGAUGCCGCAGGUGUUCAAGCAGGUCUUGAUCAGGCAGUGAACUCGUUGAAAGCACGAGGCACGCACGUCAACAUUGCCAUUUGGGAGAAACGAUGUUCGCUCUUUCCUAACGACCUAGUAUUCAAGGAGCGGAAAUAUUUGGGAGUCGCGACCUACGUCAAAGCAGAUUUCCAAGCUGUGAUUGAUGCAUUGUCAGAUGGUCGACUGGACAAUGCAAAGAAGAUGAUUACGAAGCGGAUAGAGUUGAAUGAGGUUCUCGAAGAAGGAUUUAUGACUCUGAUCAACGACAAAGAGCGGCAGGUGAAGGUGUUGGUGAAGGGUAGCGGAGAGAUCUGAGAGAGUGUGCCAUUGGGGUGCUGCUUGGUAGAUAUGUUUGAAACGGGAAGUCGGGGGGAAGUCGGAUCACGACAUGAGAUAAUGCCAUCAAGGUCGGAAUUCACAUUUGCAGCUGCCCUCGGUCGAGUGAUGGCCGAAGUUAUGUAGCAUUGAAGCAUCUCCAUACUCAGUCUUGUAUUCUGCACAGUAUAUCUGUAUACUCCAGUACUGUAGAGGUGAAGUUGGCAAGAGCAAUCGUGAUGCGGAAUGCCACAGCGUUGGUGGAAAGUAGCAGAGUCCGUGCGGCGCAAUCUCCUAUAGUUCAGACUGUGAACUGCCAACACACGCGCCGCUCCAAUUGCAAGGCAACGUGAUCGCGUUAGGCCGAGUGACGGGCACAGGCGCUCUGUGCCUUGGAAAUUGAAUGAAUCGAAGGUGAGGUCGUGCCGUGGUCGAGCGGAAGGUUUCCAUCAUCGGAUGCUACCUGCUCGGUGGAGCGCGUCGAGGUCAUCAGCCAUUGAUCUGCUCGCCGGUGCAUGCAUGAUGCCAGCUCUUCAUGUGGACGCGUCGUCACUGACGAGAAGGUGAUGUCGUGGGGACUGCAACGUCAUCUGCAGCCAGGAACACUUUUUGCAAGGAGUUGCGCUUUCCUGCUGGCAGCUGCAGGUGGGCGUGGCUCAGCGCGCUUAGACUUUGUGGCUGCCUCACCAGAUCCGAACACCAGCCAGG